UUGUAAAUCUGCGUCAUUCGGAAUCGUAAUUCAGAGAAUUUCUUGCAACUCCGAAGCGUGUGCAAGAGGCAAAGAUAGUCGCGAACCAGUUGCCCUGACCUCUUGCUUUUUAAGCAGAUAGCACUGAUCUUUAUCGAGUAUUCAAAAGACCUCCCCACCACGGAUAAACUUCGCUUCUGGAUGCAAAAGCAUGUCGAUCCUCUCGUCACUGUGAUAUCGAGUAUCGUGUGAGUUAGGAGAUCGAAUUCCAAUAAACAGCGAAGCCUCGGUUACCACAUCAGCCUCCUUUCCAACGUACCAAAGGUGCCUCUGUUAAGCUAAUUCAAGUACAGCUACAUCUCAAAAUGAUCUUCUUUAUCUUUUAUCGUAUUUAAAAGUGUAAUCAGUCGGUGUUUAAAUUUGAAAAGAGAAAAAACGACGAGAAGGUAAAAAUAUUUCCGCCUUUGAACCAAUGAAUCUCCGAAAAGAUAGAGAAGAGGAAACGAAGAGAAAUCGAAGUUAAAUUCAUAGAAAGCAGAGAGAACGUUUAAGGUGGUCGAGCUGAUAGAGGGAGGUAAGAGGGUUCGAAAGAAGAAAAGUCACCCCCCGGGUACCGGAGCCCAGAGUAAUUUCACCGGCUCGAUUCUAGCGUAGAGAAGGGCUGAAGAAAGCACGUGAAAGAAGGGAUGACGAGGAACAACGUAUCGCAUGCGAUCGUACUCCUCUUUAUCGAGGGCUUCCUCCUCUGUGGUUUUUUGGCCACGUUUGAUUACGCCCCCGAGGCGAACGCUGGUAACAGUCAGAACAGCUUCUCGCCUCAUCUAAAUGGAAAACCGAGUUCUUUGCCGGUCACGUACACACUGUAUCAAGAUGUCCAUGUGAUGAUCUGGAUCGGAUUCGGCUUCCUCAUGACCUUCCUCAGAAGGUACGGACAGAGUGCUGUUGGACUGACUUUUCUACUGGGUGCCAUUUUGGUGCAAGUUGCCAUGAUCUGUCAAGGUGUGGUGCAUUUGGAGAAGAAUAACAAGGCUUAUUUGUCUUUGCAAAGCCUUCUAAGCGCAGACAUUGCAGUGGCCACCCCGUUGAUAUCCAUGGGUGCUCUACUCGGUAAGACGACCUACAUUCAGCUCGUGUUCAUGGGUAUCCUCGAGCUGAUCAUGUUCACCGUGAACAAGUACGUGGGCGAGCAUCUGCUCAUGGCUGUUGAUGCAGGUGACAGUAUGUUUGUCCAUGCAUUUGGAGCGUAUUUUGGCAUGGCUGUUAGUUUUGUAUUCGGAAUGAAGGAUAAACCGAAAGAACACCACCUUGAAGGACCAUCCUAUAAUUCUGAUAUAUUUGCAAUGAUUGGUACGGUGUUCUUGUGGCUGUUCUGGCCGUCGUUCAACAGCGCUACCCUCGAAGGAGACGAUCAGCAAAGGGCCAUUAUAAACACCCUUCUGUCGAUCUGUUCGAGCUGUGUGAUCGCGUUCGCGACCUCCGCCCUGGUCUCGAAGGACAGCAAAUUCAACAUGGUCCACAUACAGAAUUCGACGUUGGCCGGUGGCGUAGCCGUAGGCACCGCUGCAGGCAUGAUGUGUCAACCGGUGGGUGCUUUAGUCGUUGGAGCCCUGGCAGGAGUACUCAGCGUGCUUGGAUACAAAUAUUUGACGCCGCUGAUACAAAAGCGCCUUCGUAUCCACGACACAUGCGGUGUCCAUAAUCUUCACGGUAUGCCUGGGGUGCUUGGAGGUCUGUUCGGUGCUCUGAUGGCUGGUUUAGCCACAGAAGCCUCUUACGAUUAUUCGCUUUACGAGAUCUUCCCUGCACGAGCACCGAACUCGGAAACAAAGCUGGCUGAAAUGAGGGACAAUUACGGUGCGUUGUCACCUGGACAGAACAGGACAGCAGGACAGCAAGCAGCUUAUCAAUUAUUAGUACUAGUGAUUACUUUGGGAAUCGCUAUUGUUUCAGGAUUGGUAACAGGUUUAAUCAUGCGCAUGUCGGUCUGCGGCUCAAUAUCCGAGGAACAGAAGUUCGACGACGAAGUCCAUUGGGAAUUAGAAGAAGAAUCUUCGCACGAGUCCAAUAUAAAAGAUGGAAACGGCUGCGAUGGAGAUCAAUUACCCAUGGGUCACAUUUGAAGCUACACACUUUAAUUUUAUCAACUCCUUUCCUAUCUUCUGCCAUUAUUUUUGUACAACGUUCAAUUAUUUCUUCAUAGGGUGAUUGUGUGAAAGUGCAUGUUGCGUAUGUGAUUUUCCUAAACGCAUUCGUGGCAUAAGUGACCAAUUAAAUAAUGUACAUUGUAAAAUACAAUAAUACACUAAAAUUGUA